UCAUAACAUAACCAAAAUAUAUUAUGGCAGAGGUCAGAGAUAUAUAACAUAAAUUAAAACCAGUGAAAUUGUCCAACAGGUUUCUAGCUUUUUUAAUUAGUUUAAUAUUUUUUGAUUACUUGUGUCUAUCUCUGUCGAUCGUCGAUCUACUUUAACCAUGUUAUGUAUAAAAUAUCAAUCUCAAUGAUGACUCUGAUGACAUCAUUAUGAGUCAUCACUCCGCUUACUCAUAUAAUUACUCAUAAAAAUAAUUAGAAUCUAAAAAAAUCAUUGACAUUACAAUUCUGUUUCACAUUGUUAAAAAACAGAAACACAGCUAAGUAACGUUGUGAGUAAAUUUAAUAAAUUAUCUAGCAGCUACACUGCAAUAUGACAGAAUGGAAUAAUACCUUAGUAAAUUUAGCUGGCAAGAAUUUUGGAUUUAUCUGCAGGCUCUGUUUAAGUGAGGACAAUUUAAAAAAUCUUCAAGAAGUUGAAUAUUUGAUUGACUUACUGGGAGUCUUAUCAGGAGAAAAGGUCGAACAAGAUGAUGGACUACCACAGAACAUCUGCGACUCUUGUAUAGAAAAACUCGAAGAACUAUCAGAUUUUAUAGAUUUAGUAAAAUACAAUCAUUCAUGUUUGAAGCAAGUACACACCAUAAAAUCCGCUGUAAAACCAAACAAUAUAAAAUGGCAGAAUGACAACCAUAACGACCAACACAAGGAAUUUCAUAAAUAUUACGAUGAAUCUUUGGACGCGGUAGCAGUGGUCAAAACGAACGGUUCUGGAGAGGCUUCCGAAAAGGUAGUGGAGUUGCAGAUUAUUGAACCUGUGCUAAUGAAGGUGGAAGAGUUGUAUGAUGAAGAUACUGGGAAUGAAGAUGAAGAGCUUGGCAAUAAUACGUCUAGGAAAACAAAUUAUGCUCUAUUUCAACAGGGUUUAUCAGAAGAAGAAAUUAGACUGCUAAGACGCCGUGCAGGAAAUAGAAAAGCCGCGGCAAAACGUAGAAAAAAAGUUCAAGAUCACCUAGAUGGCCUUGUUAAGGAUGCGAACUCAUUGGCUAAAAUUAAUAAACUACUUAAAAUCCAAGUGACAGAACUUGAAAGAGGAAAGCGUCAUUUACUAUCACUUUUGUCCAAGUUUAAAUGUAGUAAACAACAUUUGGAUGUAUUAGAAGAGAGACUAAAACAGAAGUCUUCGUAGUUUUUGUUUUGUAUAUUCAGUUUUUAUGUAAAUAAAUAUAAUAUACUUAUUAUAA